GUCAGAGUAGACUGUAUGCAUAUUCUUCGCUGCUCAAGUAGACCUAAAUGAUUUCCCAAAAGUUUUGUGAAAUACAUUUACUUUGUUAUUUUGACUAAAACUUACACGAGUUUGUUCUAAAUCAGCGUGCUGUGGAAGCCUGUCUGAUACAGUUUCUUAAAGAGGUUUAUAAUGGAUCUGAGAGAGUACUUGAACAGGAUUGGGUUUACAAGCCAGUUCAGCAAACCUGACUUGGACAGUUUGUUCACCAUCCACAAGCUGCAUGUUAUGAGCGUCCCAUUUGAAAACCUCAGUGUUCACAAUGGGGAGAAGAACUCAAUGGACCUGCAUGUUAUCUAUGACAAAAUAGUCAAGAGCAAUCGAGGAGGUUGGUGUUGUGAAAACAACCUCUUGUUCUCAUGGGCCCUGAAGGAGAUGGGAUACAAAUCUACCAUACUGAGCGGCAGGGUGUUCAACUCUCUGGAAAUGGACUUUCUUCCUAGUGACUCUCAUCUUAUCAAUCUGGUGGAGAUCGAUGGAAAGCAGUACAUCGCUGACGUGAGUUUUGGAGUGUCGUGUCAGAUCUGGUAUCCCUUAGAGUUGAUCUCAGGUAAAGACCAGCCACAGCCUCCAGGGGUGUUUCGCCUCAAAAACAACAGUGAGAAGUGGAUUCUGGAGAAGACCGGAAGGAAACAAUUGAUCAUAGAUAAUGGCUUUGCUGAUUCUGGCCUUGUUGACAAACGGCUCAUCAAAACAAUAUAUUGCUUCACAUUAACACCACGUGUUGUAGAGUAUUUCCUGAAGAUGUCGGUUAUGUUGCAGACUAAUCCCAACUCUCUAUUCAUGCUCAAGACCAUUUGCUCCCUUCAGACGGCCACAGGAUUUAGAGCUCUGAUUGGUUGGACAUACAGUGAAGUCACUUUCAAAGAGGACUCAGAUUCAGUGGAAAUGAAGAAAAUCCCAGAUGAUGAGAUUGAGGCUGUGCUGAAAGAAAAGUUUAACAUGGUGGUGAUUAAUAAGUUCACACCUAAAAAUAACAAAGCUUUUUACUCAGUUUAGGAAUCUGCUUCUCUCAACUCCCCACUUAUCAUUGUAUAGGCUGUCCACUGUGUUUUAAGUCGUCAUCUUUAUUACUAUAGUGAUUUUACAAAGCAGAUUGUGUCAAUGACACUUAACAUUGGUAACCAGAAAAAAAUGAUAAAAAACCAUAACAAUAUUUGAGUAAGAGGUUCAUUAUCAGUAUAUCAGGCAGGCAGCAGUGUAUUGGUUGAAUACUAGUGUAGCUAGAUUAAAACUGUUGUAAAAAUCUGUUUCAUCAUAGCAUUUAUUUAUUGCUAUGCUCUCUGAUGAUUUGAAGUGCUUCUUUUAUCGUCACUUGUAAGUCACUUUGGAUCAAAGUGCUAAUUGAGUAAAUGUAAAUGUAAAAAGAGGGAGAGCUGCAGUUUAAAACAUGUCAGUGUCCUUGAGAACGAUGGUCUAAAUAACUCUCGACUGAGUGUUAAUACUAGCCGAAAGGGAUCUAUACAGAGACAUUUCUGUCACUGAGGUCUUUGCAGGAUUCAGUCUUGCAUUCUUGACAAACUGAUGUCAUCUCUGGACUUGCAGAGCUGUGUUGAGUUUUUCUUUAGUGCACAACAACCUUCUGCCCUAGAUACAGGCCAGAUCCAAGAUUCUGUGUUCCCAGGUCUGUUAGCCAUGAUUAUUACAGCCUAACAUUCCUUUGAAGAUUUGGAUUUUACCCCUUAACUGUCGUCCUCCUAAAAAACUUUUUUUUAAAUCGUGUAUAAUAUUAUGCACAUAUCACCUAUAAUUUUCACCUGCAAAUUCUGUAUGUGGGGUGAUAGUUAAGAGGUUAAAGGUUGUAUUUGUCUUUUACGCGUAUGCUAGUGCAGGGAGAUUUGUCUUUAACCUAGAUUUAAACUGACAGAGUGUGUUUUAUUAUACUGUUAACUUCUUCAUUAUACUGAAAUUAAAGGGGGCUAUUAUACCCCUUUUUAUAAGAUAAAUCUAAGACUUGGUUUCAGCUCAAAAUACCCAACAUAUUUUUGUAUUGCUUGAUGAAAUUGGGUAUAACGCAGAAUGUGCUGGUUAUGUGUUUGUUGCUUUAAAUGCAAAUGAGCUGAUGAGGAGCCCGAAGUUUCUAGCCUCAAAACUUCAUGAUACCAGUGUACAAAGUAUUGGUAUUGAUCCCUCUAUAAAAAUCAACCAUUGCACAACUCCAGUGUCCCUUCUUUGUGAGCAAUUCCACUGUAAAAAUAUUAGCACAGGCGUUUUUUUUU